AUGCCCGAAACAAACGCGCUCGUCCCCAAGUGGUAUUCUCUUUUGGCACCACUGGCAUUUCUUAUGUUCAUGCAAGCAGCUAUUUCAAAAAAGGAGAAACCAGAACAAAUUUCCUUUGGUGAUUUAGUGGGACUCACAGAGGCAAAGGCUUCCUUGGAUAGGGUUAUAAAAACACUCGGAGGGGAUCCACCAUUAGCCAGAUUUGGUGAAAAGUCGCCUAAUGGGGUUCUACUCUUUGGUCCUGAAAAAAGGGGAAAGACAACAUUAGUGAAUGCUUUAGCGUAUGAUUCCAAAGUUGCAUAUUUCCCCAUUACAGCCACAAACAUUGCAAUUGAGGGUACUAGCAAGGCGAUCGCAACGAUCCAAAGUGUGUUCCUAGAGGCCCGGAUGUACGCCCCGUGUCUAAUCUACAUUCAAGAUGUAGAUGCUAUAGCUGAAAAGAAGACUGCCGGAUGUGAUCCGAUUCUAUUACAGCUCUUGACAGAAAUGGAAAAGUGCUACAGAGACGGGCGUUUGGUGAUUGUUAUAGGAAGUACUACCAAAAAACAUGAGGAGCUAGAUACAAGAUUGACGGAAUCUGAGCUAUUCCUUGAAGAGGUGCAUGUGGAAAUGCCAGAUGAGGAUGCACGGCGGGGUUUUUUGAUUUAUACCUAG